AACGCGUCUGCGUUCAUCGGGCUCCCCCAGCAGCUAGACGUACCCACCGUCCCAGGCAAUCAACCCACUCCGGGCGAGUGUCCAUUGGAAAGCGGAUCUUGGUGGCCAGGAGCACCGAACAAUUUGAAAUCUACUUGCCCAUGGGUGUACUUCACUAAGGAUCUAGGGGCAUCGACGUAUCCCAGGUAA